UUCCCCGGGAAAUCUGAGUUUCGCGGGAGGGCUCUUGAGCGCGUAAACCGUAUCCCUUCAUUCAUCAGGCCGUUUCCUGAAGCCAUUUCUAGACGAGGGAAACGAGAGUUGCGCUACUUUUUAAUCCGUUGCAUCUGCCUAAAUGCACCUUCUUAAGGAAAAAUACUUUACAAAAGUCGAUGCAUCAGACUCUCAUCUUUACUUCGGUCUGAUUAUUUUUGUAACUAUUGCGGCGGAAUAGCAGCCAUACGGGCUUGAAAGUACAGAGACAAGAAAGGGGUUACCCCGAAUACGCAAGAUGAGAAGAGGGAUCUCCUCGGCUCCGGACAAAGUGUUUUUAGCGGGGGUCGGGGGCUCUCCUCUGGACAAUAAUAUAAUUUUAACAACUCUCUCGGAUCGUUUAAACCCUGGUCAAUCCAACGCUACGUUUAUCCAAAUAAUAACCACCCCACCGCCUUGCAACGUUACACAGACAUCAAAUGUGUGUUUAUCCGAGCCUCAGAUAAACAACAUUUACACAACUCCACAACAAGCUGCAGCAAACGGAGCAGGACAACGACCCGCUCUGGGGAGACCGCCGGCAAAAAGGCGGUUGGCGCUUGAUGAUUCAGACCACCAGUACCAGUCAGAACCAACCAGGACCCCAAGAGGCAGAGGGGGGACUGCGUCAGCCAAUGGGGCAAGACUUAAGACACCCAGAACACCCAAGUCUCCACCAGAGAAGACUCGAUACGACACAUCUCUAGGCCUGUUAACAAAGAAGUUUGUGGACCUUCUCGCUCAAUCUUCUGAUGGAGUUUUGGACCUCAACCUUGCUGCUGAAACCUUACAGGUACAGAAAAGGCGGCUGUAUGACAUCACCAAUGUGCUAGAAGGCAUUCACCUCAUCAAGAAGAAAUCAAAGAACAACAUUCAGUGGAUGGGCUGUAGUCUGUUGGAGGUAGAGGGGGCAUUGAGCCAGAGACAAAGACUGACUGCGGAGGUUUCAGCGCUGGGAGAAGAAGAGCAGAGGCUUGAGCAACUCAUCCAGAGAUGCAGCUUGGAUAUGAGACACAUGAGCGAGUUGCCAAGCAACCAGAAAUAUGCGUACGUAACGUACCAAGACAUCAAACAGCUGGGAAACCUCAAAGACCAGACUGUUAUUGUUGUCAAAGCGCCCACAGAUACCAAACUAGAAGUACCAGACCCUGAUGAGAGUUUAUCCAUCCAUCUGACCAGCACUAAGGGUCCUAUAGAAGUCCUGCUGUGUCCAGAUGAGGAGAAUGAUCCCAGGAGUCCUGUAAAAAAUGGAAACAUGGACAUCAAUGGAAACUCGCCUUUCCUCAAAGUCCUUCAAGAUCCCAGCUGCACGAACACUUCUCCCAGCCCUUCCCUGGCUCCACCUUCCUCUUCUUCAGCGGUCUCCGUCACGACUCUCUCUCCCAUCUCAUCCCCUUAUACUAGUCUGCUCCAGCAGACCGAAGACCAGAUCCCCUCAUCCUUGGGGCCUUUCUUGAACCUUGGGCCUCCACUUCUGGACCAAGAUGACUACCUUUUAGGUUUGGCAGAUGACCAGGGAAUCAGCGACUUGUUUGACGCCUGUGACUUUGAUAAAAUGCCCACUCUAGGCCUGGAUGAUCUCCUGUGCAGCUAGCAUUAGGUAAUAGAAAUUUACAUAAUGUGCAUGGGAGAGAGAUGGAGAAUCAGUGUGGGUUUGAUGCCUGUGACUGACGAGUUAGUGUAAGUAAAUUCUAAAUAGACGAAAAUGAAAUGUUGAGGGGCUUAUUCAGUCCCAAUGGGACUAAAUGCCAUGUUCUUUCAUGGUGUGAGAGAUAAAUGGUCUUGCAUGACUUCACACGAAGGCACGACUGGUCAGUGUGACGAUGUAUCCAUUACUCUUUGUCUCAGGCUAUGUAAGGCCUCUAGUGUAGCUGGGCGUCGGGGGACAUAUGAAAGUCUUUGACGUCUGUUUGGUUAAGCAUAAACGAUGAGGGGAAGGAUAUCCAACUCUCUGUGUGAUGAAAGUUCAAGUCCUGUACAGGGAGACAGACAAAGACAGAACAGCUCAAAGGAAAAUACCCCCACACCACCUGGGAUUAGCACACAUCAUGGGUAAUUGGGUUGGGUUGAGCAUAAAAUCCAAGUGUAAAUGCCCCUGAGAUGCACAGAUAUGAUCACCCAAAGCCAUCAAGUAGAAUAGCCAAGAGUAGGGAAGAGGAAAACUGUUUACAUGAAGGAGGAUUUAAUGGAGUUGUAAAUCUGUUUUGGCAAGGAAAGGAUAAGAUUGAUCUGUGUAUUCCCAGCGAUGCAUUCUCUUGUCAGGUGUCCAAAUUCAUCCAGGUAACCCAUCCUUGGACAUAUCCUUGAGUUUAAGAUGUGUUAAUGCCAAGUGCUGUGGGGGCUGAGGGGAUUCUCAAUGAUUGCAUUCUAUUACACCAAUGAUCUGUGAUUGAAGGCUCAUACUGCUGACUGUUAAGUAGGCAUUCUGUGUGUUCAAAUGUAGACAAUUUUAGAAAUUAAAAUGAAUAUAAAAAGACAAUGGGGCAAUUUUGGUGCACAGCAUUCACUUCAGUUAUUAACUUCAGUUAUUUUACGGUUAGAAUAGGCAGGCUGUGCCUGUUCAGACACUUGUCAGGAUACCUAUUGUGCUAUUUGGGCUUAUUGAUCAUAAAAUUACUAAGGGUAUGAGUAUUUUUGUACAUUUAAGCGCUAUUUAGAUGUAUUGAGAGCUGCAUGGAAGUCCAUAUACUGUAUUGGAGUGCACAUGACAUAAUUAUCCGAAUUUAAAGGAACCUAAAAUGACAAUGAAAAUAGGAGUGUGUACACUUAAAUGCUCUAAAAAAAGCAGAGGUGUACACAAGUGUUAAGUGUACAAAAUAUUUACAGUAUGCCUAAUGGCACAUUUAGUUUCUUUCAUCCUCCAUUUUUAAAAUGGAUUUAAUAGGUAAAAUAAUAAGGGAGCCUUACUACCUGAUCUUGAGCCUGUUAUCUACUAAUUAAGUGGGCACACUCAUAUUUUGUACACUUAGUAGAUAUAUGCAGUUUAAUGAAUACAAAAUGUUCAAUGUGGGAACACAUAUUGUGAUGUUUAACCUUACAUGACCUGUGUGCUAAUAGCACAUGAAAGCCAUUAUACUUUCUAUACACUCUGGUGGUGUGGGAUUAAGCAAAAACAAUUCAUGUACCCGUAUAAAUCUGGCCUAUUAACACAGAUGAUGUGCAAACUUGAAUAUCAAAACGUAACUCAUACUCUUACUGAUACCGGACCCAAAUUUCCACUUUCUUGCUGCUUUUUGCCCCUCCAUCGUCAUCAGCAAAAGCUGCCAUAAUCAAACGUCCCCUAAUGCCUCUUCAGUUAAACUGUGUGCUGUGAAAUUAUACUGUGGUUUGAGCUAAUAUGAAAAAAAAAUAAUGACUUUGAACCACUUGUCAGUGCACACUGCCUAUUCAGUGUAUACUGAAAGCAGUGUAUGACACAGGAUAGGCGCGUAUUAGUCUUUUUAGGUUUAAUAAGUGUUGAAUUUUAAUGGAUUUUAAUACUGUAGAAAUAACUAAUGAUAUCACGGUCACCUAAGCAACAAGGGGCCAGGUAGCCACUAAUUUAGGCUUCAGCAUGUAACGAAGGGCUUUUUUUUCCUCCAGGAUAUUUAAAAAAUUAGAAAAAGAAAAAAAAAAGAAAGAUGUAUAGACCUGUUUUCUAAUUGGAGUUAGUUCAAUGCAACCAAGCCAAGUUUCAUACUAGGUCUGGUUAUACUGUUUUGCAUUGUCUAGGGCCACUGAAUCUUCAAACAGUGGUUAAUCAAGAAAGUCCAUCCCAAGAAUUUGGUGAACUAAGAGCUGAAGGAAUGCGAACUAUUUUUGUUCUUUGGAACAACAUUACUUGUCACUUCUAAUAGCUUCCUCUGUUUGAUUACAUCCCGAACAAUGAAUUGCAAACAUCUCGUCUGAACCCAUGCCUUUGAAACUAGAGGAACCUGCGGCUGCGGGUAACAUUGCUGCUGUUAGUGUUAACUUUUCCCCGACCUGAUUGAUGUGUGCUUGAGUAAUUGCGUGUGCAGCAUGUGUGUGAGUUAUGUCAAAGAUCAAGCUUGCUUAAAGAGUAAGUCUGCCAUGUGUAAAUUGAUGUACAGUUUUCUAAAUUUUUCAGUGCACAAGGUACUGUAGGCUACCUCCCACUUAAUGUUGGACAAUAGUAAUAGGGCAUAGAGGUAAAUGCCAUAGCGUGUCUUUGAAAUUCCCUUUUUGUCAUAGAAAUUACCCUUGUAUUUCGAUUUGAUGUUACACAUUACAUAUCACUUUUCUUUUUGAUGAGUGUGAGAUUCCACUCAUGCCCAGACAUAAUAACAAGUAUGCCGUUGCUCUUAAACCAGUCUCGUGCAUCUUAAAUUUGAGUAUUGGGGUGCACAUUUUAUGGAUAGUAUGCGGACAAAAAAUUGCAAUAUUUUUUUGGUUUUGUUCUUUUGAUAUUUUCCAUAAGUUAUUUUGUCAGUGUUGUCCUUUUCUUCUUCUUUUUUUUUGAUAAAAUGCAGAGCAUCUCUUAAACCCCAAAAGUAGUACACAUUUAUUAUUGCUUGCAUGCAGUCAUUCAUUCACAGUUAGCCUAUCUGCCCUUUACUUACUGGUCACCUGCUAUGUCUACCAGGUGUUUCAGUGACUCCUGUCCUCUGCUGAAGUGUGUAGGGGCCUUUGCUUCUGUGACACUAUGUGUCCAUUUUAUUUUUGGAUUGUUGUGAGGGAGUCUGUCCCACUUCUUUUUUUUUUUUUUGCAUUUCUGCCAAUUUCACUCUGAUGGACAAUAUUGAAGCUUGUUAAAACACCUGUUUGACUUUACAAGUGCAAAACUCAAUUGUUAACACAAACUUCACACUUCACAGCAUAUCUUAGCUUAAUUUGUGCUGCUAACAUUAGUGAACUAAAUUUGAUUUCAACGCACACAAAUACUCUGAAGACCAUUUUCCCUCUAGGCAUAUUUAUAUCAGUGUAUUUUAUAUGUAUUUAUGGAAAAGUCGAGCUCUAUUUUCCCCAUUUGGUUCACUAACCACAGUUGUGCGAUUUUCUAAGACCAUUUACACAGGUAGUUAUAUUUUCCUCCAUCAAUUUCAAGCGACCAGAAUCUGGUCACAAUAUUUUAUCCACUUUUACAUGAUAGAAACAUGAAUUUUGGAAAGAUUUGGAUGGAGUGUGAAAGAUUUUAAUGCACUGCUAAAGCAAGUGUCAUUUCCAGUCUGUCUGAAAAUGUAAUAUGGAUGACUCUUAAAAUUACAGCUCCUUUUGUUUCUAAUGUGUGAUUCUCAUGUGUGAUUAGGCCUUACAGAAGAUUCGUUAAGCUAAAAUGUGGUGUUAACUAGAUCCUGCUAUUUUCCUAUGGUUAUUCUUAAGCUGGUACCAAAUACAAUAUACUGAUCCGUAAAUAUUCUGUGAUGGUUAUGUGAAAAGUUUAACUAUGUGAUAGGAAAGAAUUGACUGUAAAAUUAUAACAUUGCUGCCUGUUUUCACUAAUUACAGGAAAAAACGAGCUGUAAUAUCACA